AUGGCCGUAGAACCGCCCACAAAAAGGAAAUGCCUUGGCGCUGAUUGCGACAACGAUGCCGGCUCCCUCCAGUGCCCCAAGUGCUUGAGCCUGGAUAUCAAGGACAGCUUCUUCUGCUCUCAAGACUGCUUCAAGAGGAAUUGGAGCACGCACAAGUCUUUACACAAGCAAGAAAACAGUAUUUUGAACCGAGUCUUCCCUCCCAGAGUGGUAUCUAAACCUGAUCCAGAUACCGGUUUCUACAACCCCUUCCCGACGUUCAACUACACCGGCCCCCUUCGCCCCGUCUACCCGCUCUCUCCCAGACGAGACGUGCCCAAGUCGAUACCCUAUCCCGACUACGCCGAUGACGGUAUACCGAAAUAUGGCAGGUCUAUGGGCCGACCCAACAAGAUCGAGCUCCUGGACGCCAAAGCCCAAAAUGCCAUGCGCAAGGUUUGUCGGUUGGCCAGAGAGGUUCUCGAUAUCGCUGCGGCGGCACUUCGGCCAGGCAUCACGACAGACGAGAUUGACGAGAUCGUACACAAUGCUUGCAUCGAGCGCAAUUCCUACCCGUCACCCUUAAAUUACAACCACUUUCCCAAGUCGGUCUGCACGUCGGUCAACGAGGUUAUUUGCCACGGUAUUCCAGACAAGCGGGUGUUGCUAGACGGGGAUAUCGUCAAUCUCGACGUGACUCUGUACCACGAGGGCUAUCACGGAGACCUGAACGAGACCUACUAUGUAGGCGACAAGGCCAAGGCGGAUCCCGACACGGUGCGCGUGACUGAGACGGCGCGCGAGUGUCUCGAGGAGGCCAUCAAACUAGUGAAGCCGGGCACGCUGAUCCGCGAGUUUGGCAACGUGAUCGAGAAGCACGCCAAGUCCAAGGGCUGCAGUGUCAUCCGUACCUAUGUCGGCCACGGCAUUAACAGCAUCUUCCACUGCCCGCCCAAUAUUCCCCAUUACGCGAAGAACAAGGCCAUCGGCGAAUGCAAGCCCGGCAUGACAUUUACGAUCGAGCCCAUGAUUGCCCUCGGGAAAUACCGCGAUGUGACAUGGCCGGACAACUGGACGAGCACCACCAUUGACGGAAAGAAGACUGCCCAGUUUGAACACACGCUGUUGGUUACCGAGACGGGCGUGGAGAUCCUGACUGCUCGGAAGGCGGACUCGCCUGGAGGGCCUUUCGUGCUCGAGACUGAGAAACCCGAGACAGCCGUGGAGAGUCUGACUGCCAAGACUGAGAAGCUUGAGACUCUGGAAAGCUCGAAUGCCGAGGCUGAGAUAACAGAGUAG